AUGGCCGCCGAGUCCCCAGCGCUGCGCCUGCGGCCGCCGGGAAGCACCGGGGACAGCCCGCCGGUGCCGCGCCUGCUCGGAGGCUGCGUGCCGCUGUCGCAUCAGGUGGCUGGCCACAUGUACGGCAAGGACAAAGUGGGCAUACUCCAACACCCGGAUGGUACAGUUCUGAAACAGCUGCAGCCACCGCCGCGGGGCCCGAGAGAGCUGGAGUUUUAUACCAUGGUUUACGCUGCUGACUGUGCCGAUGCCGUUCUCCUGGAGCUGCGAAAACACCUGCCCAAAUACUACGGCGUCUGGUCCCCUCCCACCGCACCAAACGAUGUGUACCUAAAACUGGAAGAUGUGACUCAUAAGUUUCAUAAGCCCUGCAUAAUGGACGUGAAGAUAGGGCGGAAGAGCUAUGACCCCUUUGCCUCAUCAGAGAAAAUUCAGCAGCAGGUCAGCAAGUACCCUCUGAUGGAGGAGAUCGGCUUCCUGGUGCUGGGCAUGAGGGUUUAUCAUGUUCAUUCUGACAGCUAUGAGACACAAAACCAGCACUACGGAAGAAGCUUAACGAAAGAGACUCUUAAGGAAGGAGUCUCCAAGUUUUUCCACAAUGGCUUCUGUUUAAGAAAAGAUGCAGUUGCUGCCAGCAUUCAGAAAGUUGAGAAGAUUCUCCAAUGGUUUGAAAAUCAGAAGCAGCUUAACUUUUACGCGAGCUCGUUACUGUUCGUUUAUGAAGGUUCAUCUCAGCCAGCUAUGACAAAAUCAAAUGAGAGAACUUUGGCGGGGAAGUUCCUCUCCAAGGGACACCUGUCAGAUGCAGACGUGCUGGAGUGCAAUAACAACUUCCACCUGUUCAGCUCCCCGGCCAACGGGACGUCGGUGGGCAAAAGCCUCUCCAAGGUGUACUCAAGGCACAGAAAGCUGUACUCAAAGAAGCACCAGAGUCAGACUUCACUGAAGGUUGAAACUCUGGAGCAGGACAACGGGUGGAGGAGCAUGUCCCAGGAACAUUUAAAUGGGAAUGUGCUUUCCCAACUGGAAAAGGUCUUCUACCACCUGCCCGCCGGCCGGCAGGAGAUCGCCGAAGUCGAAGUGCGGAUGAUAGACUUUGCUCAUGUGUUCCCUAGCAACACAGUAGAUGAGGGAUAUGUUUACGGUCUGAAGCAUCUAAUUGCCGUGCUUCGGAGUGUUUUAGACAGUUGAGUCUUGCUGCAGUCUGUGAGCGAGCGGGCCAAUCACCGCGGAGAGCCGAGCCGCAGGCAUUAGCCGUUCCCCUGUAAUGCUCUGUAAAAAAAUUUGUAUUGUGAGUCAACGUUUUAUUUGUCUUUAUACUUUUGGUAGAAGGUUAACUUUUUUAUAUUCUUACUCAGGAAUACUAAUUUGUUCAUUAGAAAACUAUGAAGAAUAAAGAAACCAGAAUGUCGAGCAGGGAACGUGCGGGACAGGGAGUAACAGCUGUAACGCUUUAGCAAAGUGCAAACCAUCAUUCAGUCAUUCAGAAUUCGCGUAGCUUCCUGUAGCCAGUCACCAGGGAAUCUCUGUCCACCCAGCCUUGCCAGUGAGCCGUAUGUAAACUAUGGCAUCAUCAGACCACCUCAUUAAGAUCCACCUCAAUAAGAUCUAGAAAGCACAGGUUGGCUUCAUCAGGGUCUGAGCCCCCUGGAACUGGAGACCAUUGUACACAGAAACAAGGCUGUGUGGGCAGAGAGCAGUGUAGGAAAGGUGCUUAAAAUGGGUGUGCUACCAGCAGGUUCCCUCCAGGCCCGUCUCUGCUGAGUGCUGCGAUUCAGGGGAAGGGUGAGGGAGGUGGAUGGGGCUGGUGGGCAGCCCCAACAGCAGCAGCAGUCUUGGAAUUAAGGGCACAAAUUUUCCUCCCUAGGGUCAGGAGAAGAGGUUAUUUGUAAAGGACAAAUUACUUUUUUUUUUUUUUUUUUUUUUUUUUUUUUUUUAAAGAAUUUCCUUUAUGGAAAGGUUUUCGUUUACUCUGUUGUGGAAGCUGUCAUGAAGCGUGGUAUUUUUAUUUCCGGUCUGAGGACUUGGACAGGUGGAUGGUGGGAACUUUGUUUUACUUCUGUUAUAAAUAAUUUUUGAAAGUCUUUUCCACUUAAAAAAAAAAAUCCAUCUUGAGAAAAUGUAUUCCCAUUUACUUCAAAGCCUUUAGCAUAAACACAUUUCUCAGAAUUUGGUUAAGUAUCGAAAGACCAGGAUCCUACAUAGUCUUUACUCCCAUGGCUUCUGACAGAGAAAUCCUAGUUAGUGUCAGUCAGAACAGGGCAGGAAACUUUCUUGAAAAGAUAGUUAUAAGCAUAUGCUUAUUUUACAGCUACCACCUUUUCCAAAAUAACUAAUUAUUUAUUGUUGAAAUAUUUUUUAAAUUGAAAUUUAAUUCCUUUUGCUCUCAGUGCUUGUCAUUUCUGGAAAAAAACUUUUGAGUUAUGACUUUUUUUUAACCUCUUCUCCCUUCAGAAUUACAAAUAAAACCACUAAAUCCAAGAACCAUUUUCUGUAAUUUGGAGGGAAGUUUUCCAUCAGAAGGUAGUUCCCAAGUGGCCACAGCCAAACCUGAGCCGGAAAUAAACGCGUCAUUUACCAGAGUGGCCCAGGCCUAUGCAUCUUGUGAGUUUUCUCUUGGAAGGCUGUAGUGUUCUUAAGAGAUCCUGAAGCAAGAACCUCUCCCAGGUGUGUCCUGGCUCUAACUUGUGUUGUUUCUUCCAUUCUGUGAAGUAAGUUUCAAGCGAUAAUUACUAGAGAACUUUCAGUCUUGCCUUUUUUUCUUACAAUGUUGACUUGUUAAUCUGGGUGGGAUUCAGUCAUCUGGUGAACACUAUUUGAGGCAGCUUGAGAUUGUAUCAGCCUGUGAUGAAUAAGUAAACUCAAGUAUUUGAAGUGUUGGGCAUACCUGAGCUCAGUAAAGUCCUUGGUCUACAGCUGUUUCAGACAUUUUGGAAGCCAAGCAUCCUGCCUUUCUGACAACUUGGGUUUCGCCUGAAUAAAACAGGAAGUGAUUCGUAUCUGCUUUUCAGGGAAGGGGCUAACAUUCAGUUCUUGUUUACAUUUUUGCAGCUGUUCCCCACUUUUAUUACUCUUCAAUUAUACUUUUUGAUGAUGUGAUCAACAUGUUUCUGAUGUAACCAACCUGUGGCGUUGUCCAGUCUGUCGUCCUGUCGUUAGUGAUGAUGCUGAGGUCUGCCACUUUGGGGACAGGCAUCCAUCACUAGCCAUGCAUCUGUGAACACACAGGUAUCUAAGAAAUAAGCAAACGAGGAGACGGUUUGAACUGAUGGGAAGGCUAGGUCUCCCUUGACCCCACCAUGAUUUUAGUGUACUUCUUACAGGAUGCACUCAUGGAAAGGACUUCUAAGAAAUUGUGGGUGUGAAUACAUUUCUCAAAUAAAAGUUUAAAUUGUAAAAUAGUUUUAUAAUAAAGUAUUUACAUUAAUUAUUUUAAUAUGGAUGGAAAUUGCAUAAAUUAUAAUUGUUAAAUAUUUAAAUAGUCUUUCAAGAGAGUUUUGAGAAUGUGUGUAAGUGGCUGUGAUAGCCAAGGUGUUAAGUCAUUAUGGGAUGCUUUGCUCUGUGUGUCUGAAGGGGGCCUGAGCACGCACCUGUCUGCACUGCAGGCUGCUCAGCCGGGCAAGAACCAGUUCCUGAGUGUUGCUGUCCUGUGAUCCUGCAGUCUGUGAUGUCCACAACGGUGCACUUCCUGCCCAGCCUAUGAACUAUCAAAUUUAUAACAUCUGGGGGGGAAAGGAAUUUGCGUAAUUACUUCCUCUGCAACCUUCUUGUUGAUUUUAGAAUGUGUAGGCGGGAGGGGGGCGGGCCUGGACUGUGAAAUGGCAGGCCAUUAGUACCACCCCACUUGAGGUCAGCUGUUUAAACAGCUGUUUAUUUUACACUGCUGUCCUUAUCUUGCAGACCCUUGACCUUGACUUUUGUGUAUUUGUAGCUUCAGUUGCCCUUUCUCUUUGCCUCCUAAAAUGGGUUCAAUUACCCAGAAACGUCAAGUCCCUUUUAAGAAGGGACCAUUUAGCUACUCUCAGUUUAAUGUCUGGAGACCUGGCCCCUUGCUUCACUCAGAGUUGUUCCCCGAGGUGUACAUUUGUGAACCUGUCAAGACUAUUUCCAGCAUCCCGCCCAGGUGGAGUGGCUGCUAGGGGACUUCUUUAAAACAGAUCUACAGACUGUUAAAGAGAGUGUGCAGGUAAAAAUUAAGUGUUAAGUAUGGAGUGACAAAGGAGGCAGAUUGUUUUGGGCUUUUGGGGUAGAGAUCAAGUGAGAGUAAGUCAAGCAUGAAAGUGCAGAAUCGUUGCUUCUGACUGACUCUGCCCCCCGGGGGGCAGUCACAGAGAGCAAAGAACAGCCUUCACGUCCCGCUUUUGCUUGUAAUGGUUCCUUCAUCCUCCACCUUUAGAAGAGUAGCACAGUGUCCCUGUGGUCGCCCCUUACUAGUGCCAACGUUUUAGAACUCAAGUCUUCAAGUCACAGGGAUUUCAGGUUUGUCAGUGGAUGUGGUGUCACCUCUUCACCUCAGAGUGAUUGCAUCUUAACAUCAAAUUCAGACAUUUUGAAGAGUCAGCAUCUUUGCUGUCAAUGUUGAAAGUCUUCCAGCUUGUUUUGCUAGCUUCUAUUAAGAGUCACCAUGAUUCUUUCCAUUAAGUCAGUAGAGAGUCAGUUGUUGGUUUUUUUUUUGUUUGUUUUUGUUUUUUAAUUAAAAAAAGUGUCAUUGUGGUUGAACUUUGGCUUGGUGUCCACUUACAGGAUUAAGAGUUUGAUUAUUGAAGGUAGGGUUUGUGAUCCCUGUAGACAAGGGAAGAUGCACACACGGACACUCUGCUGUGGGAUGUGUACUGGAAGAUGCGGAACUGCGUUCACAGUAAUUACAGGCAGCGGUGGGUGCCAGCCUUCCAUACUUGAUGAAUGAAUGUAUUGCUGUACUUCAGUGUAAAUGUCAAAACGUCUCUGGUUUUCUUUUUCAGUGUUUGUAAUUUGUACUAUUGACGGGAUAUUCUUGGAGUGCAAGGGUCAUCACUGUGUUUCUAGAAUCAUCUAAUGUGAUAUAUCAAUUUUUAUAAGUGAUAUUUAGAUAAUUCUAAUAACUGUACAUUUAACAACUUAUUAAAAUGUUUUGCAUUGGA